UUCAUAAUCUGAAACAUUUAAAUGAGACAAACAAGUUGGGCCGUUAUGCAGCCGUCUGGACUCUGAUUUCCAACUUUAAGAUCUUUGCUGCUUGUCCUCUCCCAUUUCCUCUCUGUUUCCUAUACAAUGAAGGCCAGAAUACGUUUGCAACUGUCCUGUGUGUGAAUCUAUUUGCUGUAUUCCCUAUGUCUUGUGUUAUUUCAUGGAUUCUCCUUGCAAGUACAAAUGUUUUAUAAAAGUUAUAGAUCAUGUAUUUUAUGAUUAUUAUUUAUUUUCUUAUAUAUUGCAUUUAAGAGUUGACACGUCUCACUUUGUCCCACACAAGCUCUCUCUGUUAAGGUUGUUAGGAUCUAAUGCAAAUUAGAUACAAAAACAAACAGCAGUAACCAUGGAUUAGUAUAUGUUAUACAGUUGUGUAAUUUGAAACCCUCCAUUAUAAAACAUGAAACUGGAUCUCAUCUACAUGAGCUUAGAGAGACAAACCCGCUGAAAGAGGAGAGAAGCUACAUCAACCCAAACUGACUCUUAUUUUACUUAUUAGUAGAGGAGGAGGAAUCAGGGAACAUCCUCUGGUCUGAAUAUAGUUUAGUGAAGAAAAAGUCAUUUUAGUUUGUUUGUCCUCCAAAGAUGUUGUGGAUUCUGUUCUUCAUCUCUCUGAUUGGAAGGCUGUGUGCAAGUGAUGGCUCAAGUUCAUUCACAGAUGGCUGCAACACACCAAAUAUAAAUCUGAGGGACAAGAAAGCAUACCAGUCUACAACCUAUGAUGGGUUCUUCACAAAAUACAGUGCUUACAGAGCCUUUGAUGAGUAUCAUUCAACAUGUUCUUACACCGAAUAUCUGACUAACUCCUGGUGGACUGUAGACCUGCAGGGUGUUUACAACAUUACCUGCAUCUCUAUUUUUAAUGAUGACAAAUGGUAUAGAUCUACACCAGACAUAUCAGGUGCCAAGAUCUACAUCGGGAACUCUCAUCAGAACUUCAGCACCAACAACAAGCUGGUUAAAAACAUCACAGCCUUCAAAACGGGUCAGACCAAUGUCUAUGAGUUCUCUACUUCAGUGUCGGGGCGAUACGUCACUGUGAUCAUACCAGAAGAAAAAUACAUGGCUCUCUGUGACAUGACAAUCACUGGAACAAAAAUGGCUUCACCUUUUCUACUGAUUGACCAAAACAAGACCUGGGAAGAAGCUCUGUCCUACUGCAGAGGUAACCACAGAGGUCUGGCCUCCAUCUUGGAUGAACAGAUGCAGACCUUUGCUGAGCUGGAGGCUGAGAAAGCCAAAAGUCCCUUUGUGUGGAUCGGACUUCACUACGGCUCCUCCCUCCAAUACUGGUUCUGGGUUGAUGACAGUGAAGUAGAGUUUAAACGCUGGAGUUAUGGCAAACCAGAAGAAAACUGUGACACCAGUGGAGCCAUGGAGAAAGAAGGAGACCAUUUGUGGUUCAGCAAGUCUGAUCAUGAAAAGUUUAAUUUUAUCUGUGCUGUAAACUAAGAGCUGUAACAUCUGAGUUACCAUAGCUUUACUUUCAGUGAAUCAUUCAAAAAAACAAUCACAUCUUGUGUUGUUGCAUCACUUAGUGUGUUUGUUUUUCUGUAUUGUUCUAUAUUGUAGACUAUUUCUCUAAUCUCUGACAUUUUUACGAUCUGUGUAAAUUUGACUAAUUAAUUUAGGAAGUCCCUGGAUAAAUUAAAUAUGUUCUCAUCCCUGGCAGAUUUAUUUAUUACCUUCUUGCUGG